AUGGCGUACAUCAUCUACUCUCUCACCUUCAUCACCAUCGUCUUCGGCACGCUCCUGUACCUUACACGGGUGCGGUGGUUGCUAAGAAUGCAGGAGGCCUUGGCGCGGAUCGACCUACCGGGGCGCGAAUACCUGUACUCGCAGUUGCCAACAAUAGGAGGCGGCUCGUCGGCAUCGCGCGGCGGCGACUCGUUCUCGGGCGACAUGGAGGCCGGGCUGUCGUCGAGCACGUUCGACCUGAGCGGCAACGUGGCGGACGGCGACGGGCGCGCGGGGCUCGACGACGCGGCCAAGCGCGAGAUCCUGACCAUCAUGAAGAAGCGGCGCCUGCGCUUCGACGAGGCCCGCCGCGUCUACAUGGAGCAGCGCUUCAAGGCCAACGGCAUCGGCGCCGAUGGCCGGCCCAAGGACCCCAAGUUUGUCAGCUUCUCGUGA